AUGAUGCUUCUAAACAAAACAGCAGGACCCACCACAGUCACUGAAUCAUCUCCAGCUCCACGCACAAGACUGAUGUCAUUCAAGCGAAGCAAUGACCAAGCGUCCAAGAGAAUCCGAUCUCGCUACCUCCAUAAGUUGGGAGUGGUGGAUUCGAGUAGUUCAACAUCAGCAGAUAGUACUUCGUUUUCCGACGAGACUUGUUCCAUCGGAACCACGAUAGAUACGACCCAAUCGUCCAAAGGAAGUCCGAAGCAAAGACAAUUGCGAAGACUAGGAGGUCGGCCUGUCGAAAUCCAGUUCCAGCCGCUCAAGGGUAGUGAUGGUGAAGACGAGAAUCAUGGCCCUUCAGCAUUUGCUCCUCUGCAACGACAAAGGUCGCUCUCGCUAUCAGAGAACUCAACCUCCACUGCCACGUCUGUAUCCUUUGACAACUACGUGGUAGUCCAUCCCAUUCCCAGUCGCAACGCCUACUCGGAGGAUAUGAAGCAAGCGAUCUGGACAAACGCUAAAGAGGAAGAGGAAAGUAUGCAGCGAAACUACCUCGAAUUCGCAUCCGAAGGUAUGAUUUGGCAGAAUACUUUGGAAGAAGAAGACUUCUUUGUCUACAAUAACGAAUUGGUUCAUCCUGUACAUAUCAUGAGCCAACACUGCUCUGUCAAUGCAAGCUUCUUGAUGGGAAUGAGUGCAGACAGACGAGCAUACGCAUGA